UGUGUCGGAAGUCUGGUGGUUCGUCCUCGCGCUUCUAUUGUAUUCUGAAAGCUAAGAUAAAGUUAGCUACCUAGCUGAAACAAAACAAUAAGCUACGCAUGCACUCUGAAUUUCUGUGCUGACACAGGCACAAAAGCUUGAACUUUGUAGUUUUCUGGAUUUUGUCGUUUCUAUAGUAAUUAAGAGCUGUUAAAAAUGAACUGGGUUGGAGGUUCAAGAAACCGGUUAGUGAUGAGGAAUAAUGCCAAAAAGCAGAGGGAAUUCUUUGAAAAGAGAAAAAUGCAACAAAAACUUAAAAACAUGGGAAUACCUGUCCCAGCCCCUUCCCUAGGCAACACUAGUUCUGGUAGUUUGGACCUAAUGACUCUGUUUAUCGUCAACCAGAUUGCUGCUAAAAAAGCAUGUAAAGAUCCUCCUAAAGCAGCAGUUCUUGGCAGCUGUAAGGCAGGAGCCAGGCAUAAGAGAAAAGAUCCUCUGGUGCUCCCGAUGAGCCCCUGUUCCCCAUCACGGCUGUGUCUUGUUGAGGGCCAGUCUGAGUACAGUGUUCAAGAAAGCAGAGAAAGAAGGAAGGUAAUUCCACAAGGGUUCAAGUUUCAGCGUUUGUCGCCAGUACUUGAGUCAGGUUUCUCAGACAACAGUGCCUCUGACUACCUGCCUGCCAUACCUGAUGCCCGCAGCCCCUUCUCUUCCACCUCAUCUGCCUGCUCAGGCCAAGGAACUUUCACCCUGCAGCUGAAUCUCCAGAAACAAAGCCAGGCACUGCAUCCCUCUUCUCCCCCACCCUGGGACACCUCAGUUCUAUCGCAGACCGAUGCAUUUCAUCCUUUCUCUCAGCCCAGAAGUAUGACAAACACAUCUCCCUGGUCGCACAACCUUAACCAACCCUUCUUCCAACUUGAGAACCCCACAGCAUCUCAAGUCCUCUUUGGCAGUCCACAACCAGGUAAAAGCAAGGCAGAAGACCAUGCAACAUAUGUGGACAGCAUCUUUCUCAACCGGCCAAAGGACAAAGAGUCCAUGCUGGACUUCACGCUUAACCAGUCAGAAAUUCAGCAGCAAUUGGAGAACAAUGUCUUUAGAGGCUUUUGUGAUGAAGAUUGUGAAGGACACUCUCAUUCUGGGAGUGAAAAAUCAAAAAUAUGUCUCCCAGAUCAGACACCGGUAAACUCUUCUGCACCUCAAACUGUGCCAGACUCACGGUGCAUGGGAGCAGAGCCCUGCAACUGCCCUGACACAAGGUUUUCAUGUUUUGGAGACAACACUGGGCCAGUGAAUGGCUCUGAAUAUUCGCCAAGUUACUCUUUUAGAGGAGGUCACCUGAGUCCAGACUCAAAUGAUGAUGAAGACUGCUAUCAGCUAUGCCUCCCAGCAUCUUCUUCUUACAUGGAUCAAGCCUUUGGCCUCAGUGGCUCACAAGGGAAUUUAAAUGAAACACUCUCUGAGCUCAGGUCUCACAGCCCACGAAUAAGAUCCCAAAUGGACUUCAGAGUUGACCUAAAAGUUACUGAGAACAUGGCUACCCCAGAUAAGGCCUUUGAAAGUAAAGGGCAGGAGAAAGAAAGCAGCACAGCUCUCCUUUUAUCUCCACACCCUUCAGCUCAAACUCAGAGCUCAGAUGUCUGCAAAUGCAAGAAAACAUCAAGUGAAACUCGAGAUGCAGGAACUCAAACAGUACGCAGCCCCCCAGCUGGGGCGUGCGAUGCUUCGACUCAGUGCAGCUUUGUUGCAGACAGUGCUCUUGGGUACAGCUUGCAUCUAUCAAACGCUGACAUGUCGGAGCUGCCUCCAGCCACAGGGAGGCAGGCCGGUACUGCCACAGAGCCAGAUGCACUCACAGCUUCACCAGAAAACUCCAGGAGCGAAGAGAAGCAGACGCCCUGGAGCAACAAGAAAUCAAAGGCGGUUUCCCUGUCAGGCAGGAGCAUGACCACUGCUAAUAACGGUGCCAAAACGAUUCUACAGAGACCCGCAAACCUCCUUCUCACUAACGACCUGAGCACGACUAAUGUCAGAGGUCAGGAGAAUAAAGAACACGAGAACUGCCCUCCAAUGACAAGCUUUUCAGAUCAAGGGAGGGAAGAGGGCACAUCUGGCACCAGAGUUAACAUAGUCUCAAAGGAGGCUGAAAUGCUUCAAGAAAUAGCCAACAUUUUGCUCCUCCUGAAGCAGAGGAAAAUUCAGGGCUACUAAGAACAGAUGGAUGAAGACAUCAGGAAAUCAGUUCUGUGCUGUGCAUCUUCCUUUAUUUUAAAGCAACAGUCAUAAAAGUAGAUUAAAAUAGUUACAGUGUUCUUAAUGUUGUGAUGCAGUUUAUGCAGUUAAAUAAAGCUCCAAAACAUGA